AUCUUCAUCAUUUUAUCAGUGCGAAAGUGUCUCUUUUUUAUUGUUUCAUUCAAAAGUUAAUGAAGAAAAUGAUGAUGAAGAUUAAGAAUAAUCUUUCUUAAUCUACUUCCUCUUUCUACCAACAUCCUUCCUGUUAAAUUGUCAUCAUUAUUAACAUUGAAAGUCUUAAUCAAUUACCACUAAUGAUGAUGAAAAAUAAAUGCUGAAUUUCAACCAAUUUAUUCAUAUAACUGAUCAUCAACAGUGAUUUAAAUGAUCAUCAUAAUUUUGUGUCGAUCAACAUCAAGAUUAUAUAAUUAAUAGAGUUGAUCAAAAGUUUUUUUACUCUUCUUUGAACCCAAACAAGGAUUUUAUGAAUGAGUUUAAUUGUUAAUCUUCUCGGUUAAUUGUAUUGUGCUUAAUUGAUGGAAAAUUGUAAUCACCUUACCAAUUCAAAGUUCAACUUUAUGAAAAUUCAUAAACUACCCACCGAUUCGGGAUCCACAUGGAAUCAACAGUUUCCUCUUUAAGCUCAGAGACAAUUAGAUUUCAUGAGAUUUUCCCUGAUUAUUAUCAUACUGUUCCUCCGAUAACCAGGACAAUCACCAUUGAUUGGAAAUAUUUAUCCACUUGCCCUGGUAAAAGUUCAGUGGCCAUUGUCUCUGGUUGUUUACUAAUUUUGAUUCUAAUUUUUGUGACAAGAAAUGGAUGUGAUAGUAUUUCAAGUAUCCAAUCAGGGUGUAUAUUUUAUAAUUCUUUAUUGGGACUCUCAGUGGUCACUAUUUUAUUCAAUCUGGUCAACUUUUUACUUUAUAUUUUUCAUGCGAUUGAAAAGUUCAAUCAAACCUGUUGGCUUCGGGUUGAGUUUACCUGCCACCUAAUGUACACAGUUCAUUUCACCAUAAUUGGCUCAUUAAUUUUCAACAAUUGUAAUUAUUUUGGUUUCUUUCUUGCGAUUCUGACAGUGUCAAUCUCUUUUAGUGGACUCAUUUUAGCUCUCGACAGACUGAUCAAAGUGUGCAAAGGUAAACCCGCUCAGGAACAACUCGAUGAUGCCGAUGGCAAUAGAACGAGAAUCGGAAUAAUGAGAUUAAGAUUCGGUAUUCGAAAUGUUUAAAUCAACUCGCAAUC